AUGGGGAUGGAACACGAGCUUUACACCUCCUACUGCUACCCUGCAGCAGAACCGGCGGCGUCGCCCACCUUCCACCUCGGCGCCACUGACGGCGACAUUUUACUGCAGCUCGAAGCCUUCCUCCUCGACGGCAUAGACGCCGAGGUGUGCUCCGACUGGUCCUCUCCCUUGUCGUCGUUGUCGGCCUCAAGUUCGCCGGAGAUGGGAGCGGCAACGGGUUCCGCGACCAUUGGCAACUCUCAGCAUUGGAUGCCCGGUACCGAUGACACCGACGACAUCCUGCUGAAGAUCGACGCUUUCCUCCUCGGCACGGAGUGCUCCGCCGACUGGCUCUCUCCCUCGUCCCCGUCAUCCUCCGAGGCGGCGGCGGCGGUGUCGCCGAGCAGGAGCAGUCAGCACCGGCUGCCGGUGGCGGACGCGGACGCGGACGUCUCACCGGGCGAGAAGCGCAAGCGGCCGGCCUUCAUCGGCGUGCGCAAGCGGCCGUGGGGCAAGUUCGCCGCCGAGAUCCGGGACUCCAUGCGCCGGGGCGCCCGCGUGGGGAUCGGCAUGUUCGACACCCCCGAGGCCGCCGCGCUCGCCUACGACCAGGCGGCCUUCUCCGCGCGCGGCGCCGGCGCCGUCCUCAACUUCCCCGUGGAGCGCGUGCGGGAGUCGCUGGGCGCGCUCGCCCUCGCCGGCGCGGACGCGGGCGGCGCCGGCGGCGGUUCCCCCGUCGUCGCGCUGAAGUGGCGGCACUCCAAGCGCACGCGCAGGCGGAAGGUCUCACCGGCCACCGAGAGCAGCAGGAAUCCAAAACCACAAGGGUCGCCGGCGAGUCAGAGCUACGAUGUGUCGGGUGGUAUGGCUGCGGCCGUGCCGCUGCAGGCGACGACCACGGCGCCCGUGACCAGCGCCGGCCGGGGCCAAUGCGGCAUUGCGGAGCUCGAUGUCCUCGGCGAGGACUACUUGGAGGAGCUCCUCCGGGUAGUAUCAUCCGAGAUGGGAGAGUGCUAG